AUGCCAGCACCACAGAUCGUUGCUCAUUCACCAGACGGUAUUAAGGCUUUUGGGCAUGUCGAUACGCUUAUCGCCAAUGCUACGAUCGAAGAUUUACGUGCUAUCACUAGGAACUUGCUCGCCUCGGGGAGCCCUGGUCUCGCAUCUGCGUUCACGGAUGCUGCACGCAUCCGUCUCCGUCAGACAAAAUUAGACGGGAUCCAUGCUGCUCCUUCCUCAAGCCUCGAUAAUACAUUGGCUCGAAUCCGCUCCCUCUACGGAGCUGGUAUGGCGACCAUAGGAUUGAGGUGGGGUCGGGAUGGGUCCAUGGCCGCUAUGCUAGCGGUCAUUGACACAGAUAUCAGCCAAGCGAUUCAGAGUUGCAAAGAAGAACUCGAGGGCGGGCGCGUGAAUGAUCUCACAGCUGCUCGAGACGCAGUAAACAAACUUUGGGUCAGCGUGCAGGAAAGCUUGGCGGACGUGAAAAGUUGGGGCGGGGAAUUCCCCUUCGAAAGAGCCGCCAGUAGUAUCGAAUUCUGGAAAUUUUGA